GCCAUAAUUAUAACACGUCAUUAAUAGAAAAACUGAACAGAUUUGCGAAAAGACUCGUAAUUAGAAAUACAUACUAUUUGAUUAAUAUUUUUUCUGAUCCAUAGGAAAUGAAAUUCUUAUUGCUAGAGCAAAAAUAUUUAGAAUAUUUAGAAGAAGGCAUGGUAUUUGAGGCAUUACAUGUACUUCGCAAUGAGCUUACACCCUUGGGCCAUAAUACCGGUCGUGUUCAUCAAUUAUCGUUAUUUAUGAUGUGCAGUGGACGAGAUGAAUUACAGACACGUGCAGGCUGGGAUGGCAAAGGGCCAGCCUCCAGGGCUGCGCUUAUGGAUAGACUGCAAAGAUUUCUACCACCUUCCAUCAUGUUACCACCACGCAGACUUCAUUCUUUACUAUGUCAAGCUGUGGAAAUGCAAAAUCAACUGUGCACGUACCAUAUAACACAUACACAGGUAUACUACUGUGACUCUAAAAUAAUAAAUAUUGUUGUCCAAAUUCUAAUACAGGAAACAUUAAAAGUAACGCAUAGGAAAACACUUGAAGGCCAUACAUAUGGUGUAGCGCUAAUUGCUUGGAGUCCCGACAGCAGUCAUCUAAUUGCUUGUGGUCCUGAAGAUUGUCCCGAACUAUGGCUUUGGAGCAUCGAUACGCCUGAUUGCGAACUACGUGUGAAACUGACACAAAGCACAGACGAUUCGCUGACAGCUUGUGCCUGGCAUCGUGAUUCGAAUAAAUUUGUAGCAGGAGGUCUUCGUGGUCAAUUUUAUCAAUGCGAUAUGGAUGGGAAUGUUUCCGAUUCAUGGGAAGGAGUAAGAGUAAAAUGCUUAUGGUGUCGCAGUGAUGGUAGGACUGUCUUAGCGGCUGAUACACACCAUAGAAUUCGUAGCUAUACUUUCGAUGACUUGGGUGACGCCACUAUAUUACAAGAAGAUCACCCUGUUAUGUCAUUUAGCGUAAACAAAGCAGAUCGACUUGCGUUACUUAAUGUUGCAAAUCAAGGCGUGCAUCUUUGGGAUUUAGAGGAUAAAUGUCUUGUAAGGCGUUUUCAAGGUGUCACUCAAGGACAUUUUACUAUCCAUAGCUGUUUCGGAGGAGUUAAUCAAGAUUUUAUUGCCUCUGGAAGUGAAGACAAUAAAGUGUAUGUAUGGCAUAUCAAAAGAGAACUACCUAUAGCAACUCUUACGGGACAUAGUAGAACGGUUAAUUGUGUUUCGUGGAAUCCUGUUUAUCAUCAGAUGAUGGCUUCUGUGUCGGAUGAUUUUACAGUAAGAAUAUGGGGCCCAAGAUCAUUCUCUUCAGAAGGAGAAAAUGAUAAAAACGUAUUACUCGAAACCAACUCUUCAAAUAGUAGCGGCUGGCACGAGAUGGUAUCGUAGCGAAUUACAGGACAUCCAGUUUUCAGUGUUCCCAUGACCUCAUGGUGUUCAAAAGACUGUCAUACUGACAUUUGACUGUCAUUACUGUCCUGUUGAUUGUCAUACUGACAUUUUACUGCCUUCUAUAGCAGUUGUUCCUCUGUACCUCUUGUCGCUUUUAACCACUAUACAUUGUGUACGGAGGUAAUAGAAGUGGUCUAUAUGUUUUCAACAACUGCUAAAUUGCCUGCAAUUAAAGUCGAAAUUAAUCAUCGAACGUAAUAUCACAUUUGUGUAUACUUUUUUUUUCAUAGUACUUUUAAGUAUUUUAUAUGCAUCCAUAUAUCAUAUACGUUGUGUUAUCACAAUUAUAACUUUGAAUGGUUUAAUGUCGGAGCUAAUAAUCGAAAAUAUGAUGCAUAAUAUGAUAUAAAAUAGGUCAUAUGGCAGAGUAGAAAAUAAAGAAAAUUCCGUCUUAGGAUUGAUGUGUAAAGGUAAAAUUAUGUAAACAAGAAUAUGGAAUGCAUUCACAUAUUGGGACAGUAUCGUAGAACAUUAUGUUUUGACAGGAAUUUUGUCAAAUUUGACUAUAAUUGUAUCAAUAAAUAUUGUACAUAACAGUUUCAAAUCUAGAGUUUUAUUCUAAGUCGUUCAUCGAUUAAUGACACAUACAUUAUCUUUAAUACUUUAUGUCAUAAUUUUUGUCUUUCAUUGAGAGACUGUAUAAAUUUCCAAAUAUGUAUUGCGACUUCGUGAGGAACUUACUGGACUUUGUGGAUUGAAGAAAAUUCAAGAACAUUUAAUGGAGAAGCAAUCUUAUGUUGGGUUCAGAGCAACACACCCAACUGUAGAAUUUAGAAAGCGAUAUUUGUAAGUGUCUGAAAUGGCUUUAUUUAGGCAUUUAUAAAAGAAUAAUUAUAUGUUAACUUUUAGAAUUUUAGUUAGAAUCAUAACCAUGAUUUGUGCAAA